CCGAACGGCGAUUCUGACAUUACGUUCUACCUUCCACUUCACUUACCUUGAGCACAACAACACCAUUCGAUAAUAAAAGACAGAAGUUUGUAAGUGAAGAAAAAAAAUGACACCGGAUUUGACUCUCGAUUUUGAAAACUCCGCUCAACAACAUUAUUCGGUGCAGAACCCAAUCGAGCAAUAUGUUCUGCUGUCGAAGAGUGCCAAGGGCGCAGCCUGUCUAGAGCUUAUCAAACAGGUCCUGGAAGCAUCGGGUGUAUAUGUUUUCGGUGAGCUGUUGGAAAUGCCUAAUAUUGCUGAGCUCCAAGGCGGUCCAAAUGUCAAUUAUUACAACACUCUGAAUUUGUUCGCGUAUGGGACUUACCGGCAAUAUCUGGAGAACCAAAGUCAGUUGAUUCAGCUGACACCGGUAAUGAGAAAGAAGCUACAACAUCUCACGAUCGUAUCAUUGGCCAUCAAAACAAAAUGCAUUCCUUACAAGGAACUCCUGGCUGAACUGGAUAUUAAAAAUGUUCGCGAUUUGGAGGAUUUGAUCAUUGAAGCAAUUUAUGCGGAUAUAAUUCAUGGCAAAUUGGACCAGAAGAAUAAACAGCUGGAAGUAGACUAUGCAAUUGGUCGCGACAUUCGUAAGGGGGACGUCAGUGAAAUUGUGGGUACUUUGCAGGAAUGGUGCGACUCGUGUGAAACUAUUUUGGCUUGUUUGGAGAAUCAGAUUCACCGCGCCAAUUCCGAAAAGCUGAAACGACUGAAACAUAAAGAAAUUAUCGAAUUGGAGAUCGCGAAUCUCAAGAAAGUGAUAAAGGUUCAGGCUGGAACCGAUUCCGAUGAAGCAAUGGCCACCGAUUCGGGGCGGGAAAUGUCCGUAGGCAAUCCGGAUCAACGCAAGAAAUCAACCAAGUCCAAGAGCCUGAAAGUAAGCGCCUAAUGAGUUGAAAGAAAUCGCCCUGAAAUAAUUGUAUCGUAGAAUGAAGAUUAAUUUGGCAAUAAAAUUUGGAAUUGCCCGCUCAGUCUUGUUUGUAUUUCAGUUUUCUAAAGUAUCGGGAAAGGUAAGAGGGUAAUAGGAAUUUGAAACGCUUCGUAAAAAAUCACACCAUUAGAAAUCCAUAUUUUGUAUAUUUGUUUUUAUUUUGUUUAUUUUAUUAAAAGUGUUUGCUCUUCGCAGCUAGUAA